ACCCAGGAAAUGGCCAUUGGCUGGCUGCUAAUUUUUUUUUUUUUUUUUUUGCUGUUGUCGAUUUUUUUCCGAUGAUAACUAACAAACAACACAGGCACCAUUUGGAAAAAGAAUCGUCACUUUUAAUACAUUGCAAAUAAAAAUGUAUAUAGAGAAUCGAAUCUUCUUUUUUUUUGGUUGUAAAUGUCAGGAUCUUGCGCGCUUUGACAUUUCCUUUUGGCUUUCGUUGUGUUUGUGUAUUUGGAAGCUACCUUAUAUUCAAUGAAUCGAUCAAAUGCAGCGAUAGUUAUAUUUAGUUAAAAAAAAAAAUAUUCAUUCGGAACAAAAACACUGUUUAGCCUUGUUGGCAUUUUGUUGUUUUCAUCAUCAUUCUCUCGUUUCAAAAAAAAAAAAAAAAAAAAAAAUACAAAAUUGGACUUCAUUCUGUUAUAUAAUUACAAAUGAUUCGGUCGUUGUUCAUUGUUCUGGCCACAUAGAAUAUUCUUUGGAAUAAUUUUUUGGGAAUAUAAAAUUAGAUUACCCAAAAAACAACAACAACAACAACAAAACAAAAUGUGCGGCGGAUUUACCUGUACAAAGAAUGCUCUUAAAGCACUCAAUUUACUUUAUAUUGUUGUAUCGUUCAUAUUGAUUGCCGUUGCAACCUAUGGUAAAACAAUUGUCCAGAUUACGGAUAUUUCAAUCAUUGAAGCUAUUUUUGCUUGUGGUGUAUUUCUAUUCAUGUUAUCGAUGUUAGGACUUGUUGGUACGGCUAAACAUAAUCAGGUUAUGCUAUUUUUUUAUAUGGUGAUUUUAUUCAUAUUAUUUGUGGCACAAUUCAGUAUAGCAUGUGCAUGUUUAGCAUUCAAUACGAAUGAACAACGUGAAUUAGCUGGAAAAGAAUGGCAAUCAUCAACAGUGGAAAAUCAUCAACAAUUACAACGUAUAUUUGAUUGUUGUGGAUUUCAAUCGGGUGAUCCAAAAAAUUCUGAACAUUGUCCUGAGGUACGUUGCUGUCAAACAAAUGAUUGUCAACAAUGUUCAGAUUGUGAAAUGAAAAUACAACAAGCAAUUGGUGAUGUAUUACAAGUUGCCGGCUGGACCAGUAUGUUUUUCAGUUUUACCGAAUUCAUUGGUGUUUGGUUAACCAUACGAUAUCGUAAUCAAAAAAAUCCACGUGCCGAUCCAAAUGUUUUUCUUUGA